GCAAUAGGCCGCUUCAAAAAGCGGCCUAUUCGGCCAUAUUAGUACGCACACGUUGUGUUAAAUUCGCCUCAUUCCAAGACUCCUCAUGCCUAUUUUGGAUGGUCAGUAAGGCGAUACGGCCCCUGUCACCUCCUCGCUCCGCCCUUUUUUCUUUUACUUUUCCCUUAGCUCUGUUUUCCUGCCAAACCUGAUGCGGGGGCUAACUUUAGCCCCCCGCCGACCGGUAUAUAAUGCCCCAUGGGUGCCUUGCUUGCAUGUCAGUCACAUCGGUUUGGCGUAGGCUUCUCUUCUUGACCAACAACAACCCAACAAACUUGAGAGAUGGCACCCAAGAAGGCCAAGAGGAGGCAGCAGCAGGGCGAGGGUGGAUCCUCCAACGUGUUCUCCAUGUUUGAGCAGAGCCAGAUCCAGGAGUACAAAGAGGCUUUCACAAUCAUCGACCAGAACAGAGAUGGCAUCAUCAGCAAGGACGACCUGAGGGACGUGCUGGCCACCAUGGGUCAACUCAACGUGAAGAAUGAGGAGCUGGAGGCCAUGGUGAAGGAGGCCAGCGGCCCCAUCAACUUCACCGUCUUCCUCACCAUGUUCGGCGAGAAGCUGAAGGGUGCUGAUCCCGAGGACGUUAUCGUGAGCGCUUUCAAGGUCCUGGACCCCGAGGCCACGGGCUCCAUCAAGAAAGAAUUCCUUGAGGAGCUCCUGACCACACAGUGUGACAGGUUCACCGCUGAGGAGAUGACCAACUUGUGGGCCGCCUUCCCUCCCGAUGUAGCCGGCAAUGUGGACUACAAGAGCAUCUGCUACGUCAUCACACACGGGGAGGAAAAGGAAGAGUAAAAAGUUGCCUUUCUGCCGAGCUCCCGCCGUACCCGCCCCACACGCCGACCACCACCAACUCUCUCCGACGCGCCCACCCGCCCUGCCCCUUUCUUCUCGCCAGCUCAGAAAAGACUCCUUUCAUCGAGGACUUGAAGGCUGCGGUGGGUGUUUGUGUGUGGGAACCGACAGGAUGAUUAUUUUCUAAAUAAGAAAUAAUCUUGUGACAAUUGAAACAAACUCUCUCUCCAUCGCUGUCCCAUGUCUUUUCAUCUGGUCACCUUUCCCCCUUUAUUUUGUGCAUCUGGUUGAGGCCAGCAGUGCGUGCAUGAUACCUACGAAAUGUCUUUUUGAAUCUCGGGUGCUGUGAUGCAUGCAAAGUCACUUACUUGAAACAAGUAAGACGCCUGACCCACCCUGGUCUGAUAGCCUCAACCUUGCAUACGGCGCCUAAUGGAUCCGUCUUUUUUUCUUUGUAAAGGAGAAGAGUGGGCACUAGAAUAGUCUGCCAACUCCUCUCCUUCACACAGUUAAAGCUGCAGGGAGUUCAUUUGCGGCUUGAAAGCUGCAUGUAGGACAGAGAUGGCGAAAGAUGAGGAGGGGGGGGCGGUGAAGGAUAACUUCCUGCUCGCCCUCUCGCUGCUGUUUCCCUCCUGUCGUUGUGACUGUCUAUAUCAUCACUGUAACAAAGAAAGAAGUACAAAUAAAAUCCACUAUCUUUCGUA